AUACAUGUCAGCGCUACAGGCCAUGUUGCUCGACUGUGGCACAAAUCUUACCUACCAACUCGGGCAGUAUCUUACUCGUCACUAAUCAUUUGAAGUCGCUGCGUAAUACAAGUUGCCUGUUAGUCGGCUCCAGUUAUGUCUUGGUCAGACGAGCUGACUUGUAAGGGGAAUGUCCCCGCAUCAACUCCCCUCACACACAAACUACACACCCAGCCCAUCAAGAAAUUGAGAUUCCGCGGAAAGGAGCAUACAAGCAUAAAAUGGUCCACCAAACCAGAAGCAAACUCACGGCCCUGUUCCCGCACGCCCAGCAUCCCGUCAUCAUCAGCGCCCCCAUGCUGGGCACGGCCAACAGCACCCUCGCAGCAGAAGUCUCCAAAGCAGGCGGCCUCGGAAUCAUACCCGCCGGCUUCGACUUCACCCCUUCCUCGACGCACCUCACCACCCUCGACAGCGAACUCUCCGCCGCCCGCACCAAACUCAACAUCCUCCCCACUGUUUCCAAAUAUGAUGAUCCCUUACCCGUCGGAGCAGGCUUCAUCCUCUCCCACCCUUCCUUCCUAACUCACUUCCUCACCACCGCCCUGCCCCUCCUCCGCGCCAACCGGCCCGCCGCGGUAUGGCUUUUCGCUCCGCGGGCAGACGACGUUGCCUCGGGCGCUGUUCGGACUGCUAUUGCCGCGCUGAAGGCGGAAGGAUUUGUCGUCAUGUUCCAGGUCGGUACCGUUGCGGCGGCAAGGCAGGCCGCAAGGGACGGGGUUGAUGUGCUUGUGUGUCAGGGGGUGGAUGCCGGGGGCCAUCAGUUUGCGGGCGGGGCCGGGGUGGUGAGUUUGGUACCUGAGGUGGUUGACAUGUUGGCGCAGGAGAGGGAGGAGUUGGGGUUGGGGGAGAGGGAGGUGGUGGUUGUUGCGGCGGGGGGCAUUGUAGAUGGGAGGGGCGUGGCGGCUGCUUUGGCACUUGGUAAGUUCUCUUGUGUGUGUGUAGUUCAGUUCACCGUUGCUGAGGAGGCUUGGACGCCGGAGUUUCGCAGGAACCUCAUCCUCGAGACGAGAGACGGGGGGCCUGCCACUGUCAAGACCCCCGUCCUCGAUGACAUCCAGGGUACUCCCAUUUGGUCCGGCAUCUAUGACGGCCGAGCUCUGGCUGGAAAGUCCUGGCAGGACCACGCUGCCGGCAUGCCGCUGGAGGAGAACAGACGGCUGUUUAAGGAGGCCGACAAGGCGGGCGACACGUCGCGGAAGAUCACUUGGGUGGGCACCGGUGUUGGCCUGGUGAAACGAAUUCAACCAGCAGCAGAUAUCGUAAGGGAGGUGCGAGGUGAUGCCCUCAGACGGAUUCGGGGACUGCAGUCUGCUAGUUAAAAGAAACGCAAGACCAGAUCCCUUCAUUCUACUGGUUUCAAGAACCUCUACAACUCAGUCCUGGUUUGUUGUUUAUCAUGAAACUUUGUUAGUUACUAUGAUUCUUGUUCUACUUUUAAAUCUUCUUCACUUGCACUUUCUUGUACUCUUUCUUUUAUUCCCUCCUCCACUUUAUCUUCGUUCUCCUCUCCCUUCUUCUCUUACUAUUUAUCCUCCUCUUCCAUGUCUUUCACUUACACUCCUUACUCUCCAAAUUCUUACUUUCCUUAGAUCUAACUUAUAAUUUAUCUCCAGGUGGUUGGCCACCAUGUACCACUCGAACGAAGAAACCAGGGCUGUACUGUAACCAUCUCUAAAAGCACCUCUAAAUUUACUUACCGCUACAGAUC